AUGGGCACUAAAGAGACGUCAUUUGUCACGAGAAUGUGGCACACGUUGAGCUACAAAAUAGGGACCACUGUGGCAAAAUGGCCCAUAUUAACUAUUGUGUUAUCAUUGGUCGUCUCCACAAUAUGCGGAAUAAAGUUAGGAUUGACAAAAAAAGUUAGCGCAAUUGAUGGCUAUGCUGCGGAUGAUUCCAUGUCAAGAUACGAGUUUUCAACAUUUCAGCAAUUUCUUGACUCCGAUGGUCCCGGAAUCACAUUGGCUUGUAUGAUACGAGCUGCGGACAAUGGUUCACUGUUGCGAGAAGAUCACCUCAAGGAAGUUGUCAAAGUCGUCGAUUUGAUAUCGAAAAAUUUCACAAUGAAAACGAAUGGUGUUGAGAAGAGCUUCAACGAAUUCUGCCGCGGUUUCUGCCAGGCCAACGAACCCGUCCGCCAGUUUUAUAAUGGCUUGCAAAUUCUCGACAAGAAUAAUACGGACAAAAUCUCGCGUCGCAUCGAUCUCUCCUAUCCGACGUCGAACUUCUUUGGAAGAAAAUUUAGCUUAAUUCCCAACUUUUUCGGAAUCAAAUUGAGUUCUGAUGGGAAACACCUUGAAUCGUCGCGACUAAUUGUUUUGUAUUUUCGCGCCGAGAGAUACCCUGACUGGACAACACAAGGCGUGAAAAAAUGGGAAUUGAAUGUUCGCGACCACUUUGUUCAAAAUUUCAAAAAUGACAAAAUUAUCGUCGAAGUUAUGUCACAAACAGUGGUUGAAAGCGAAAUUGUGCGAGCCGGUCUCUCCCUUCAACCAUUCAUUGCUGUCGGAUUUGUGAUCAUGUCGAUCUUCACCACGACCACCACCCUUCUAAGCGGUGUUUACAUCUACGGCCAACGGGCCACGUUCAACAAAAUCUCCCUUUCGAUUAUUGCCUGCAUCACCCCAUUUAUGGCAUGCGGCACCGCAAUGGGCACUCUGUUCUUUUGCGGUGUGAUUUUCAGCCCUAUCAUGUGCAUCACCCCAUUCUUGGUGCUGGCAAUCUCCGUCGACGACAGCUUCCUUAUGAUCCACGCCUGGAACCGCAUCGAAUCCUGGAGGAACAAACCAAUGACGAAGGAGCUCCGGAUUCAUAUGAUGGGGGAAGUCCUCGUUGAAACCGGGCCGGCUAUCACAAUUUCGGCUCUCACUAACAUUCUGGCGUUCACUAUUGGAGCGAUCACCUCUCCUCCAGAAAUCCGUAUCUUCUGCUAUGGGAAUGCCGCCGCGAUAUUCAUGGAUAUGUUCUAUCAAGCCACCUUCUACAUCGCUUGUAUGACAUUGCUAGCCGACGAGAAGACCGCCGAGCUCGGCAAGAAGACCAAACAAUUGCAGCAGAAAAUGAGCGCAAUGGCGCAGAAAUUCUUGCGAGGCUACGUCGAUUUCAUUUCAAACAUUUUUGUGUCAUCCACGAUUGUCGCCAUCUGGAUCAUUUUCAUCGGAUUCGCAGUGCUGGGACUUAGCCAAUUGCACGUCGAAUUGCGACCGAGCAAGUUCUUCCUCAAGGACUCGCCAAUGUUGCGAAUGGAUCAAGUCAAGAAUGCGGAAGUGGUCCCAUUUUACACUCCAGUUACGGUGGUCGUCAAUAAUCCCGGCGAUUUGAGCAAUGCGAGCGUUGUUGAGAAAUUGGAGGAGCUUAAAUCGUCAUUUGAAAGAAUGCCGAACGCAAUCGGACCAGAGAGCACCAAGUUCUUCCUUGACGACUUUAUCUCAUUCCGAGAAUCGUUUGCUGAAGAAUUCGAUAUGGUAGACGACAACAACAGCACCGAGCCAAUGUCCGACAUUGAGGCAUUCCUUGAAUGGCCUGAAUUCUCAUUCUGGCGUGGAUUUUUGCGAUUUGACAACCAGUCGCAUCCGCAAAAUGUGUCGAAAUUCAUGUUCACCACCGGAUUUCACGGGCAAGAAUUGAAGGAGUGGAAUCAGCGCGGCGAUUUGCUGAAGAGUUGGCGAAAAACCGUUGACAAAUUCAAAGACGAAUUCAAUGCCACUGUCUUCAGCGAAGACGCCUUCUUCCUAGACAUGAUUGAUUCAAUUCCAACGAUCACCUGGCAAACAACGCUGGCGACGUUCGUGUUCGUCUCGCUCGUCUGUUUCAUCUUCAUCUCCGAUGUUCUCACAGUUGUGAUCGUCUCCAUCGCGAUUCUUAUCACCUCAGUUGGGGUAUUCGGAUAUCUAGCCCUCUGCGGUGUUAGUCUUGAUCCAGUCAUCAUGUCGAUUGCGAUUAUGUGCAUCGGAUUCAGCGUUGACAUUCCAGCCCACGUGACAUUCCACUAUUAUGCAGCGAAAGCGAAGAAGCAAAAUCAUGUGUCAUCGAAUCAAAUAACGGCCGCGGAUCUUGUAGAACUUCCUCAAAAAUGUAGUGAAGUUGAGCUAACUGGACCCGAGCCUUCCAGCUAUCGUAAUUGCUUGUCAUUCGCUCUAUCCUCGGUAGGAUUUCCAGUGAUCCAGGCUGGAGUCUCAACCAACUUCUGCGCUUUGCCACUCGGCCUAAUGGAUCUGUACAUGGCGAAGAUGUUCGCCGCCUCACUGACCCUCUGCGUCACAUUCUCGCUUCUCCACGGUCUUGUCGUCAUUCCGGCGCUUCUCUGUGUUCAAACCACCAUCGUCGGCGCAAUCAAGAAAUUAUUGAAACGAUGA